CUGUAGAUGCUGAGUGCUGAUUGGUUAAUCAUUGGGUUUAAAAACCUCAUUUAAAUACUGAAGUGUGUAAAACUGCUGUGUUUAUUAUAUGUGCAUUUCUGGGAAUUUGCUCUAAUUUUCUGUCAUUUUCCGAGCUCGUGUCGCGCGCCCCUGUGGUGGCCAUUACAACCCGGAAGUGUUUACAGAGUUGUAACGGAGAAACUGUGCGCGUGUCCGAUGUGGAAUAUUCCUGCGUGAUUUUAGGGCUUCUGACGACAGAGAGCUCCGGACCCGCUCGCGCUGAUACACCGAGCAGAAACCCGGUCCGAGUUCCGAGAAACCCGGAGCCACGCAGUCCUGUGCUGAGCUAGCUGUGCUAGGCUAACUGAGCUAGCUGUGCUAGGCUAACUGAGCUAACGCUGCGGGCUGGUGUGCGGAUAAACAGAUUACAUUCUCAGAUUACAUUCUCAGCGUAUUUUAAUACUUCAAAACGCUCUUCCGAAUAUUGUUUACUGUGAAUCACUGGGCGCCUCCAUGUUUCUGUAACGUCACACACAAGAGCCGGGGGAUGACGUCAGAGCUGCAGUGACAGAAGCUGUGGAGAGUAAAACAUUAUUAAACUUUUUAAACACAGAGAGAGAGAGAGAGAGAGAGAGAAUAAUAGAAGAGACUUGACUGGUCCUGUGCAUAUUACAGACGCUGUGUGUGUGUGUGUGUGUGUGUGAGAUCACACCCAUGCGGCGAUGGAGAGGCGUGGUGCUGCAGCGUCUGCGCUGGUCGAGUCACGUGACGCGGGCGCUGGCUCUGUGUGCGCUGACGUUCGGCGUGCUCCUGCCCCUGUGCUGCCAUCGCUGUCUCUACUCCUACUACUUCCUGAAGUCCUGGUUCCUGGAGCAGAGGAGUGAUGAGGCCCUGAGGCGGAGCUAUGAGGAGGGGCAGGAGGCGCUUGCGUACUGGCGGGAUGAGGUGGUGGGCGGAGCUGUGCAGAGGGACGUCUCUGAGCGGCCGGAGCUGCUGGUGACGGUGGUGUCGACGCGCAGGACGGACGGGCUGCAGUAUCACUACCUGCUGCAGGUGAUGCGGCGGUUGGACGUCCUCCUGCAGGGGUGCGGUGAGGCCCCGUGUGCAGCCGUGCUGGUGUGCGACGUGGAAAGCGGUCCCCAGGAGAACGAGGACGCCGCGCUGGUGGAGAAGCGGUUCCGCGUGGUGAGGCGGGGGAAGGGCGUGGACCAGGACGUGAACUUGUUUGAGAAGGAGAAGAGAGAUUACGUGUUCUGUCUGCGUCGAAGCGCGGAGACGGUGAAGCCGAGGAACGUGGUGGUGCUGGAGGACGACGCUCUGCCCGGCACCGACUUCUUCUCCGUCAUCCGUGAGUUACUCAGCCGCAGGUUCGUUUCGCGCUCGCUGUACGUUAAAUUAUAUCAUCCUGAACGGCUGCAGCGCUACUGGAACCCGGAGCCGUACCGAAUCCUGGAGUGGGUGGGGCUCGGCGUGUGCGGGGCGUCGCUGAUUCUUCUCUUCCUGGCCUUCUUCCCUCGCUUCUCUCCGCCCUUCUCUGUGCCUCUCUUCCUCUUCCUGGUGGCCUACAUCAUGGCGGGGGCGGAGCUUAUAGGGCGACACUACCUGCUGGAGCUGAGGCGCGUCUCCCCGCAGCUGUACGCCGUGUCUCCUGCCACCGAGUGCUGCACGCCCGCCAUGCUGUUCCCGGGGAACACGUCCUCCCGCGUCGCCGAGCUGCUGGACACCGCCACGUGCAUGAGGGGAAACGCCAAGGACAUGGUGCUGUACCGCAGUGCAGGCUCCGCCCACAGCCUCGAACCCAACGCCAUACAGCACAUUGGGGCGUUUUCCUCCGUCAGACCAAAUCCACUGCACCCACAACUCCUCUGAUCCGUGGAUCUGCCCUGUGGGUCUGCCCUGUGGGUCUCUGACUCUGAAUCAGUCGGAAUCAAAAUCUGACUCAGUCUUAAUCUGAAUCUGAAUCAAUCUGAAUCAAUCUGAAUCUAAACAGGAAUCAUAAUCAAUGUGAAUCUGAAUCAGUUUGAAUCAAAAUCUGAAUAUAAAUAAAUCUGAAUCUGAUUAAGUGUCAGAAAUCAGAGAAUCAAUCAACUGAAAUCUGUAUAAGCCAAAGUCUGAAUCAGAUUCUGUCACAAACCAAAUGAGUCAAAAUCCAAUCUGGUUGUGAGUCAGAAUUUAAUUUAGAGUCAGAACAAGAAGCAGAACUGGUGAAAAUAAUUCUGAAUCAUCUAGAAUAUGAAUCAGAAUCAGUUAGAAUAUGAAUCAGAAUCAGACAGGAUAUGAAUCAGAAUCAGUUAGAAUAUGAAUCAGAAUCAGAAAGGAUAUGAAUCAGAAUCAGUUAGAAUAUGACUCAGUGCUGUGGAGGUUAGCUCAGGUGGUGUCAGAAAUAAACCUGAAAUGAUCAGUGCUGGUUAGCAUUAGCAUUAGCAUUAGUUCCUCCGUUUCACAUUGAGACCUCAGCACAUGAGCGAGUAUCAAAUCCGCAGCAAUCAGAUAGAAAGAAAUCUGUCUCUCGGUGUUUUCUCUCUUCUGCACUGUACUCAGAAGUGCCUUUUCCCUCCAUCAGGAAUUACACCUAUGACCUUUGACCUUCGUGGUGCUCAUCAUGCACAUUAUACAUCUUCACCGCGAUCUUAUUGGCUGUCUGCAAUAUGCAAAUGAGUCGGAUAAUGAUGUCAUAAUCAGCCAUCAGACGCAUGGCGUUACAUUCAGCACUAACGAGUCUUGAGCUCGGCUCUUGUACACUAUCUGAUGCACUUUGUAGUGUUUUUAGCGCUGCAGUGAAACAGUUAUCCGUCUUUAGCAGAUUAAACUUUAAUCUUUAAACACCAAACCAAAACUCGGCCAGUCAGCUGAGAUAAUCUGGUUAACCUUUGUACACUUGUGUGUGUGUGUGCGUGCGUGUGUGUGUGUGAAUGACUUUUUUGGGUUUAAAUUGUGAUUUGACUGAAACUGGAGGAUGAUUUGUUCAUCUGUAAGGUUUUCAGGGUAAGUGUGAUGAUUCUGAAGCACGUGCAAAUUCACAGAGAUGAUGAUGAUGAUGAUGAAACAACAAACACAGCGGUGAUUACACUCAUCACUGAUGGACAUUAAAGAGUUUAAACUCUCUGAA